GACAACGGUCGGUGUUGACUUUUCCCAGUUCCUGUAUUUCUCCCUGAACUCUCCCUCCUCUAGGCGGCUGGUACGACAGGUUCCUGGUAUACACGACCUAAAAUCUUUGAAAACUUUAAAGUGAGAAGUGACUGUUUAUAUGCUCACGGUUUACUGACUCCUGGCAGCCUGCAUAUUGCUACAGGAUUGGGGGCUGGUCAUCAGAAAGACAAAGGCACUUAUUCCAGGAGGAAACUUCCACAAUGGAAACUUUGUCAUUCCCCAGAUAUAAUGUAGCUGAGAUCGUGAUUCAUAUUCGCAAUAAGUUGUUAACUGGAGCCGAUGGUAAAAACCUUUCUAAGAAUGACCUUUAUCCAAACCCAAAGCCUGAAGUCUUGCACAUGAUCUACAUGAGAGCCUUACAGAUAGUGUAUGGAAUUCGACUGGAGCAUUUUUACAUGAUGCCAGUGAAUACUGAAGUCAUGUAUCCACAUAUAAUGGAAGGCUUUUUACCAGUCUGCAAUUUAUAUUUUCAUCUGGACUCAUUCAUGCCCAUUUGUCGGGUGAAUGACUUUGAGAUUGCUGAUAUUCUAUAUCCAAAAGCAAAGCGGACAAGUCGCUUUCUGAGUGGCAUCAUCAACUUCAUCCACUUCCGAGAGGCGUGCCGAGAGACUUAUGCAGACUUCCUUAUUCAGAAUAAAUCCUCGGUGGACAAAAUGCAGCAGCUAAACACUGCACACCAGGAAGCACUGAUGAAAUUGGAAAGACUUGACUCCGUUCCCGUUGAAGAGCAGGAAGAGUUCAAGCAGCUCAUGGAUGAUAUUCAGGAUCUGCAGCAGUUGCUCAACCAGGAGUUCCGUCAAAAAACGAUUGUGCUGCAAGAGGGAAAUGCUCAAAAGAAAUCAGAUAUUUCAGAGAAAACCAAGCGUUUGAAUGAACUGAAAUUGUCAGUGGUUUCUUUGAAAGAAGUACAAGAUAGUUUAAAAACAAAAAUUGUGGAUUCCCCAGAGAAGGUUAAGAAUUACAAAGAAAAGAUGAAGGACACAGUCCAGAAGCUUAAAAAUUCCAGGCAAGAAGUGAUGGAGAAGUAUGAAAUCUAUAGAGAUUCAGUUGACUGUCUGCCUUCAUGUCAGCUGGAGGUACAGUUGUAUCAAAAGAAGAUACAGGAUCUUGCAGAUAAUAGGGAAAAGCUAAGCAGUAUCUUAAAGGAGAGUCUGAAGUUGGAGGACCAAAUUGAAAGUGAUUCGUCAGAACUAAAGAAAUUGAAAACUGAAGAAAAUUCAUUCAAAAGACUGAUCGUUGUGAAGAAGGACAAACUUGCCACAACACAAUUCAAAAUAAACAAGAAGCAUGAGGAUGUUAAGCAGUACAAGCGAACAGUAAUUGAAGAUUGCAAUAAAGUUCAAGAAAAAAGAGGUGCCAUCUGUGAGCAAGUGACCACGCUGAAUCAAGAAAUCCAAAAGAUUAAGUUCGGAAUUCAGCAGCUGAAAGAUGCUACAGAAAGGGAGAAACUGAAGUCCCAGGAAAUAUUUGUAAGCUUGAAGACUGCUUUGGAGAAAUACCACGAAGGCAUUGAGAAGGCAACAGAGGAGUGCUGUGCUCGGAUAGAUGAGAAAGCUGCAGAACUGAAGAGGAGGAUGUUCAGGAUGUCAGCCUGAGGAACACAGUCUCGUCCUUUGAGAAAAUGCCUUGCUGGUCCCAAGUGAAGCCGGUAGAAAUAUCAGAAACUUCAAAUACCGUGGUUCAGUUAGUUGCCAUGCGCCUCGCAAGUGCCCAUUUUACGCAGUGUGCUUUCCGUUGUACUGGGAUUGAGCCUAGGACUUUUCAUUUUGUAGGCAAAUGCUGUACCACCGAGCUACUGUUCAGAACCCAAGAAGUCCAUUAAUGGAGACUCAUCCUACAGUUAAAAUAACUUGUAUAGCUUUUUAUGUCUCUACUCUGUCCCUUUUUGUAUGCACUGUUUGUUUUGAAUAAACCUUUGAAGUAUGUG